AGGAUAGCGACGGGGACGGCGUCCCUGACUUCGAUGAUCCUGCCCCUCACGAUGAUCUGUGUUCAUCGGACGGCUGCGUCGAUACCGACGGGGAUGGUGUGGUAGAUAUCCACGACGCGGCGCCGUACGACCCCACCUGCCAUGAUCCAGGGUGCAUUAAGCUAGGCGAUGUGGACGGAGACGGUGUUCCGGACGCAAGCGAUGCAGAUCCAUACGACCACCACUGCCACGAGAAGGGGUGCGCUCCAAAAACGCCGAAAGCGCCGUCAGCGCCAGCUCACGAGAAGAUGGCUGGCGUGAAGGACAGCGACGGCGACGGGGUCCCAGACGUGGAGGAUCCCGCCCCGUACGACCCGACUUGCCCAGUGGUGCCGUGCCCCGAGCUCCCUUGCCCGGGGGACUGCGUCGAGGAGGGCGACGCAGACGGAGACGGGGUGGCUGAUUCCGAGGACCCGGCUCCGCACGACCACAGCUGCCACGAGGAGGGGUGCGUCGGCGGCCUAGACGUGCCAUGACCGAGCCGACGGGGUCCUCGCUGUGGCUUGCUCCGCCUCUUUCUCUACCCCUUCUCAUACGAG